AUGGCUGAAACACCGAGAUUGGUUUCGCUUAGUGAUCUUCCUUCUCAUUUGAUAUUAAAGGUGUUGAUCUCUGGCAGCCUUAGUGCGAUUGACUUAGUGAACAUCGAGUUGACCUCAAAGAUCUUUGAAUAUGGCUCGCACUCUUGGGAUUUCAAAUCGUUGGCUGACCACGCAGCGUCUCUGUUAUGCUCUCUGCAUCCUGUCUUCAUGGGUUUGGGUUUGAUUCACCAGAAGCAACUCAUUGAGCGGUGCAAUGGAAACUGGAAGCGUGUUUUGAGGUUCUUGCUCUCCAUUGUUGAAUCAUCUGAUAUGGUGGAGACCCCUAAAGGCAAGAUGCAAAUAACAACGGGUCCGAAAGUGACGAUGGUAAUAAACAACUCCAAGGUCUACUCUUGUGGCAGAAGUGAGUAUGGAGGUCUUGCUCAGGGGGAGGACACAAAUAAAUGUGCAAGAUUGACGCCAAUAGUGUUCCCUUUCUCUGCGAAAGUGAUUCAAGUAUCAGUCAACGACUUCAAUAGUGCUUUCGUAAUGCAGUCUGGAGAGGUUUUCACAUGCGGUUGGGAUGAGUUUAAUAUGGAUGAAAUAUAUAGUCCCAGGCUUGUCGACGCUCUGAAGAGUAUUCCUUGCAAGCAGGUGGCUGUUGGAUACUACUCUAUUGCGUGUCUGUCAAGGGAAGGGCAUGUGUAUACUUUUGGAGGGAGGAACAAACAUGGGGAGCUUGGUCAUGGUGAUACCAUGAAGAGACAAGUACCCACGGUUGUUGAACUGCUCAAGAACGUUGGGCCGGUUGUACAAAUAUCGGCUGGACCGUUCUAUAUCUUGGCUGUAACCGAGGAUGGAUCGGUUUACUCUUUUGGAGAUGGUUCUAAGCUCUGUCUUGGUCAUGGAGAUUUACAGAAUAAACUCGAGCCACAUGUUAUUCAGGCUUUUAAAACGAAUGGUGUUCAUAUACUCCGUGUAUCUGCUGGUUAUGCACAUGCCGCCGCGAUUGACUCUAAUGGUUAUGUCUACACAUGGGGUAAAGGUGGGUCCGCUCUAGGACACGGUGACAAGAAUGACAAGCCCUUCCCUGAGAUUUUGUUUCAUCUUAAGAACCAUUUAGCAGUGCAGGUUUGUGUAACUUAUAUGAAAACCUUUGUUGUGGUCGAAGGCGGUUCAGUGUAUGGGAUUGGGGGCUUUAUCCAUGGCAGCCUCGGUUUCUAUGGUGAAGGAAACCAUGGUCUAGUGGUGAAGCCACGAGUCCUCGAGAGUCUCAAACCGCACCGUGUAUUGCAAGUUACUACUGGUAAAUUUCACACUAUGGUGGUUACUCAACAAGGACGCUUGUUAGGGUUUGGAGAUAAUAGUGAUUCUCAACUCGGCCAUCACUCUCUUGAUUGGCUAGAGCCUACUGAAACUUUUUUUAGCCCUGAGUGA